GCUAGGCAACAUGUAACUCAAAACACUUAAGAAGCUGCAGAUACUCAUAAAGCUGCAAAAUUUCUAAACAUUUCCCAAUGGCUGAGAACUACACAACAAAAAGCAAUGGCCAUCUAAGUGUUCAAGAUGCACAAGUGGCUGUGGUUAUGGUGCCACUUCCAGCUCAAGGCCAUCUCAACCAGCUUCUCCACCUCUCGAGGCUCAUCACCUCGUAUAAUAUCCCAGUGCACUAUGUUGGAGCAACCACUCAUAUUAACCAGAUCAAGUUUCGUGUCCAUGGUUUCGACCCUGUCACUACUAAAAACCUACAUUUUCAUUACUUCCCUACACCACCUUUUGAAAAUGCCCCUCCAAAUCCUAAUGCUCAGAAUAAAUUUCCUAUCCAUUUAAUGCCUUCACUUAAUGCAACAAUCCAUCUACGUGAGCCAGUAUGUUCUCUUGUACGCCAACUCUUAGGCUCUAAUCAUCGGAGAGUGAUUGUUAUUUAUGAUUCUGUGAUGACUUGGGUAGUGGAGGAUGUACCAGCAAUUCCAAAUACCGAGUGCUACCGUUUUAAUGGUUUCUCAGCUUUCUUUAUGUUUUCAUCCUACUGGGAAAAAAGAGGAAAACCUUUCCAAGCUGGAACUGAAAUAUUCGAGGACAUUCCAUCAAUUGAAAACUGUGCUACCCCAGAGUUAUGGGAAUUGUGGAGGAAACAAGAAUCCCUUGAAGGAAAAAUUAGCUGUGGAGAACUUUACAAUUCAUCCAGAGUAAUAGAAGGUUCAUACCUUGAUUUAGUAGCCAAAGAAAUUAAUGGCUUAAACCUAUGGGCUAUUGGUCCAUUCAAUCCGUUGUUGUCUGAGCAGAACAAAGACUCAAACAAACACCAUCAAACCUUGUAUUGGCUUGACAGACAAGAAACAAAUUCUGUAAUAUAUGUGUCUUUUGGAUCAACUACUACCUUGUCUAAUGAAGAAAUCGAAGAGCUCGCCAUCGGGUUAGAGAAAAGCAUGCAAAAGUUCAUUUGGGUUCUCAGAGAUGCUGACAGAGGAGAUGUUUUUGCAGGUGAAGAAAGGAGAGCUGGACUGCCUGAAGGUUAUGAAGAAAGAAUAAAAGGAAGAGGAAUUAUUGUAAGAGAUUGGGCACCUCAGUUGGAAAUUUUGGCACAUCCUUCCACAGGUGGUUUUAUGAGUCAUUGCGGAUGGAAUUCGUGCAUGGAAAGCAUUUCCAUGGGAGUUCCUAUAGCAGCCUGGCCAAUGCAUUCAGAUCAACCAAGGAAUUCUCAGUUAGUAACAAGGUUUCUGAAAAUUGGCCUAAAUGUGAGACAUUGGGCACGUCGGGAUGAAUUGGUUACAUCAGAAAUAGUUGAAAAUGCUGUGAGAACUUUGAUGGCUUCACCUGAAGGAGAUGAGAUGAGGAAGAGAACAUCAGAAUUAAGCAUUGCUGUCAAACAAUCAGUCAUGAAUGGGGGAGGUAACAGUGGGGAGAUGGAUUCUUUUAUCGCACACAUUACUCAAUAACUUUCAUAUUUGAAUUGAACAAUUGGUUGCACACUUCCAUCUAAUUAGCAUAAGUGGUACAACCUAUGAGACUAUAUCGAUGCUCUAUCACCAACCGAGUGGGUUCAGUGUCCACCCUACUGGCUCCCCUUUAUGCACAUCAUGGCACGUAUGUUGAAGAAUAAAAACCUUUCCCUUAUGAGUUCUUUGUAUUUGCUAAUAUAAAAGUGGAGGUCCUUUACUAGCACCUAGUUCAUUUGUCCAGAUAAAUAAAAUAUUGGAAGCUGUUUGUGUAUUCUUAUAAGAACUUUUUGCUUGUGACCUGAAUGACAUAAUAUGUUCUUCCAGGACUUUUGGAGCUUCUUGUCUUUAAUUCUGUGACCUUGUAUUUGAUAUUCUGCCAGACUUCUAUGUAGUUUUCAAUUAAAUUAUGAAUAACUUUGUAACUA